AUGAAGAAAAUUUUGGAGCACCAGCCGUACUUGGAAACUCCUAGUGACACUUCCUCAGAGACAAGGCUUAGUAGAGGUCAUGGCACCACAAUCAGUUCCACCACCUCUGAAUCAGAUGUUGUGACCCAAAUGGAGGUGGAAACUGCUACUCAGACUGAGCUUUAUUGUACCAUCAACCACCAGAAAAAUCGUUCUGGAAAGUGGGACAAGGGAAGUGGCAAAGCAACAGGUGUAGAAUAUCCAAAGGUUACUUCCGAAGGACACAGGAAAAGGAAAGAGAUCCAGAAUGCAAUCUCCCUUUCAUCGGAUUCAGCUUCUGCAAGCAGCAGCUCUUGGGGACCAAGCUCUGCUCUUAGUAACAAGCGACGGACACGGAUGUUAAACAAAGGUAUCCAAGCAGGAGACUUGGAGAUUGUGAACAGUGCAACUAAGAAAAACACUCGAGAUGUUGGUGUGACUUUUCCUACCCCAAGAUCUAGCCAGCCAAAUCAACGACCACGGGAACCCUGGCAUUGUGUUGGUGGUAUUUUUGGAGAAUCAGAUGGUAUGGUCACAGAUCAUCAGGCAGCAGGAAGCAAGGGUAAGCAGAAGGGACAGCCAGGCAGAUUUUUCAUGGAGAAAAGGAUGAAAAGGAACAGAGUGCAUUUACCACAAGGGCUUUCGUGGUUUGUCCAAGCAGAAGACUUGAAAUCUGAAUCUAGAAAAGAAAACCAUUCCAAUGUCUUUACUGGUCCUGGUCCAUCUUGGUUUGAACCAUUGUCCAGCACAAAGCCUUGGAGAGAGCCUCUCCGAGAGAAGAACUGGCAGGAGCAGCAGCGCAGCACCGUGAUUCAGCCAGCAGUUCCAGAAAGAGAUGCUGAGAACAGGGCCUCCCGGCCGUUUGUGAAGCUUACGCUACAGGAGGCUCUUGCAUUGCAUCGCCCUGAUUUCAUCUCCCGCUCUGGAGAACGUGUGAAGCAUCUGAAGCUUGUAAUGGAGGAAAGGAGGAUACAGAGUGUACUGCAGUCUGAACGAGAAGAGCUAUUUAAUCCUCCGGAGAAAAGGAAGGGCUACAGGAACGCAAGUCACAUUCUGUCUGACAGAGGUUUUCUGAUGAGAGAAAAGAGAAGAACAAUCCCAAAGAGUGAAAUGGUUCAAAGAUCCAAACGGAUCUAUGAGCAGCUGCCAGAGGUGCAGAAGAAGCGAGAGGAAGAGAAGAGAAAAAUGGAAUACAACUCAUACCGCCUGAAAGCACAACUUUACAAAACG